UUAGUCGUCCAAAGGAACAACAAACUUCCCAGAACAUGCCAGGUAAUAUGGAUGUGGUGGUGGUGGUGGUGUUGGCUGUGGUGGCGGCGACUGUGGUAGAGGCGACCUUUAAAUUCGGAAAGAAAGAACGCUGCUACCCUCAGAUAUACUACGUGCCACACUACCUUACACACUACGAGAAGGUGCCGGUCUACCACACAGUCUACCAGGAACACGUCAUCCCUACCACCAUCUACCACACAGUACAGGAAACUCGCUACCAGAACGACUACCACACACAUUACGUUCCAAAUUACGUAACUACGACGGUCUAUAAAACCACAUAUGAAUACGUACCUUACUACCAAACCCAAUACCAAACCACGUAUGUACCUUACUACGCCACUACCACACAAUAUAUACCAACAUACGUCACUGAGAGCCAAUACCAAACCACGUACCAAACGACAUCUCAAUACCAGACAGUUUAUAGUACUCAGUAUACGCCUAACUAUAUCACCACUACCAAUAUACAGUACCAGACAAGCUACCAUACUGAAGAGGUACCAGAAUACCACACAGUGACCCAUACCGAGGAGACAUACCGGACAGUUUGCCCGCGAUCCUCCUAUGACUAUUAUUAAGUACCAUACACCUGAUACCAGACACCAGACACAAGACACCUGACACCAGACACCUGACACCAGACACCUGACACCAGACACC